UUGUGUACAUCGUGUUCGUGCUGUAGUGCUGUACACUUGUAAGUUGCAAGUUGCUAAGUUGAGUUGAAGCUCUCGUUUUCUUAUGUAACAUUUUAUAUUUUAAGUAUUUUACAGCUUUUAUGGUUUUAACUUAUCUCAAAAAAUCUAAUCAUAUAAUCAUUGUGAUUUCCAUUUGACAUUGGAUGUAGAUUUAUAUAGUACAUUGUUUAUGCUUCAAGUCUACGUAAUUAUUCAUCGAAAUAGACUAUUAUCGUAGUCAAUAAUAAGUAAUAGUUAUGGCGUUUGUUCGUGUCAAAAGACGUUACAAUGAAGACCCAUUUAACUCCAUUGUUGUAUCCCAUAAAAAAUUAAAAACUAUCGAUACUGAUUCCAGUAGAGAUUGUAUAUUUCAAUUUGCCGCCACUUUAACGCACGAAAAUACAAACAUAUCUCAAAUAUUGAAAAAGGUCCGAGAAGAACAAUCUGUAAAAAUAUUAACAAAGAAGAACAAAAACGAAAACAUUAAUGAUGUGGUCGAACAUUCAAAAACUAAACGUUUAAGGCUAGUUAAUGCUCUCAGAGCUGUUAAACAAGAUACAGUACCCAUUGAAGAAAUAGAUGGAGAAAAUUUAGAAAUAAAAGUUGUUGAUUUUGUUAAGCAAGCAGAAGAUAAUAAGAAGCCCUUAAUAGAUGAAGGAAUUUCAAUUGACUACGUUUACGACUUGUAUUAUGCAUUAAAUGAUGAUGAUAAAACAAUUGAUUUACAAGAUAUUGAUAGUGUACAUGGUUUAGAUUCAGAUAAUUUUUAUAAUAGCUGCAAUGCAAUUGAUAACUCUGAUAAUGAUUCUUCGCUUUGUGAAGAUGAUGAUGAUUCCAAUGAUGAAGGGAAUUGGAGAAAUGAUUAUCCUGACGAGGAUGAAAUGGAUAAUGAUGAAGAAGAUUGUUAUCAAGGGCUGAUUUCUAAGUCAAAACACUGGAAUGUACAAAGUGAUAGUAGUUCUGAUUCAGAAAGUUAUGUUAAAGACUAUGAGUUACAUUUUGCAAGAUAUAAAGAACGUGUAAAAGCUGAAGAAUUCUCUUUUAAUAGUAGCAUUGAGAAUGUUAGUUCUUCAAGUACAAGUGAUUCAGAUAAUUGAAUUGAAUAAAAAUGAUUAGUUGUAUUCAUAAAAUGUAAUAUUA